AUGGUUGAUGUACAAAAAAUGAUUUUAAAUAAUUCAAUUGAUCGUAUUGCUAUAAAUACAUUAUCGGAUAUAUCAUUAGGUAGUGGUCAUACGAAAGGUACUGAUUCAAGUGGUUAUGGUUCAAAUUUAAGUAAAAAUGAUCAUAGUCGAACAUGUUUAAUUGUCAAUUAUCUUCCACAAUCAGUUAAAGAACAACAAUUUCGUCAAAUGUUUUCACAAAUUGGUCGAUUACGAUAUUGUCGUUUGAUGUAUGAUCGUGCGACUGGAUAUUCAUAUGGCUAUGGUUUUGUUGAUUAUUAUCGAGCUGAAGAUGCAGCUAAAGCAAUUGAUACACUUAAUCAAUUAAAAAUGGAACAUAAAACAAUAAAAGUAUCUUAUGCAAGACCAAAAUGUGAAGAAACACGUGGUACAAAUCUUUAUAUAAGAAAUUUACCUGAAAAAAAUGAUGAAAAUAAAUUAAUUGAAUUAUUUUUACCAUAUGGAGAAAUAAUUCAAGCACGUGUUAUUCGUGAU